AUGUCCCAUAUACCGCCGCCCGUCAUCUCAAAAAUACCCAUAGCAGCAUAUAAAGCCAGUAUGGAUGCACACAGGCACCAUACCCACUGCGUCCGAAACAUGGGGGCUCAGACUUCGAGCCUCCCUAGGCCGCCUGAGCUCCUUCAUCCUACUCUACUCACACCAAUAGCCUUCUUACCCCCAGAGAUCGCCUACCAGGUAACGACCGCAUCCUACAUUUUCGUUGCCUCAUUCACUGUCAUGAUCUUGGAUGUUCUGGAUAACAUUCACAUGGACUUGAAAUUGUUGAAGAACUACCCGGUGAGGCUCCCCACGAUCGUGUAUUUCCUCUCUAGAAUCUUCUCCCUUUUAUUUGCCUUUACGGCGCUCACAUUCCAUAUCACACCUCUAGAAAUCCCCUGCUCCAGCUACAUGAAAAUCAACGAUUCUCUAUACACAGCAGCAGCAGCAUCCACCUUCUUCCUCUUCCUCAUCCGUAUUCGGGCCAUAUUCUCCGGACACACGCUCGUUCGUGCAUUCUUCAACAUCAUGUGGCUUCUCGGGUUUGUUGGGGAGCUCAUGGUACCGUUCGGCGUCAUAGGCGAUAACAUCCCGUCGACGAAAUACUGCAUGGUCGUAACGAUCAAGCCGUAUGUGGGACUGGCCGUUGUGUUAUCUUUCAUCAACGAUACGUUGGUCUUUAUUGCGAUUUCCUGGAAGUUGAUGGGGAAUUCGUCUCUCGACCGUCCAUCCAAAGGAGGUCUGCAGGAGCUCCUUCGCGGACGAUACUUGCCUACGUUCUCUCGUGGGCUCUUACAAGAUGGCCAAUUCUACUACUUGACGACCGUCACUACGAAUCUGCUUACAGCAGUCAUCUUCUUUUUCGACUCCAUCCCGGCUGGAUACCGCACGAUGCUCAUCAUUCCAAAUAUCGUCCUCACGAACAUCAUGGCCUGCCGUGUCUAUCGACGCACAAAACUGGGCCAUUACAGAAGACAGAUCUCUCCGAGUCAGCCGCAUUCGAAUUGGAGUUUCUGUGACUUAGAUGCAUGGAGCUACUACUACUCGGCAGGGAUUGUCAAGGGGAAAUUGGGAGUGGGAAGUCGGGGACAUUAG